AUGCCAUUCCAAGCACUCUUUAGCGGGGACGGAGGCCUCUACGGCGAACUCCUCCAGAAUCGAGCCUUCCAGCAGGUAACACCAGGAACAUCUGGUGCGCUCAACGCAUGGAGCUCCAUCAACGGUGGUUCCAUAUCGAUUAUCAGCGAUGAUGUGCCAGUCUCUAACUCUCUGAGGAACUCUCUACGCUUCGACGUCCCAAACGGCCUUUCCGGUCCCGUUGGCUUUGCGAAUUCUGGCUUCUUCGGCAUCAAAGUUGAUUCUGCGUGGACGUACAAGGCUUCAUUCCACUUUCGCUUCCCGACUCGUUCCUCCUUUCGCGGAAACCUCGUCGUUGGUCUGCGCUCCUCAAGCGGUGAAGUCCUUGCGUCUGCUACUGUGCCUAUCAGUGGCGCUUCGACGAGCUGGCGUCAGGUCAAUGUCUCCCUCAGGCCUUCAUCAUCGGCAAGCUCCUUCUCCAACCAAUUAUUUGUUACGGUGGACGGCAAUGUUGCUCGUGGCCAAAAAAUCAACUUCGCAAUGUUCUCGCUCUUCCCUCCAACCUUCAAAAAUAGGCCGAAUGGGAUGCGCAUCGAUAUAGCUACUGCCCUUGCGGAGAUGAAACCUGGUGUUUUUCGCUUCCCCGGAGGUAAUAAUCUUGAGGUAUCACCCAACACGGUCCUCUUGAAUUCUGUUGUUAAGUCUCCUAUUUAUGCAGGGGCAAACUCCUGCCAGCCGAUGGCAGUGGAAUGCCACCCUUGGAAGCCUAUUGGAUCGACCAGCGGUUUGGGUCUACUCGAAUUCCUCACUUUCUGUGAGGACGUCGGAAUGGAGCCUAUUAUGGCAGUUUGGUCAGGCUUCGCACUCGGCGGCACCAGUAUCGCGCAGGACCAACUCCAACCCUUUAUCCAGCAAGCUAUGGAUCAAAUCAACUUCGUUAUUGGCGAUGCUCGCACCAACGCAGCAGCUGCACGCCGUGCCGCCUUGGGCCACCCGUCCCCCUUCAAAUUAAAUUUUGUUGAGAUUGGCAAUGAGGAUUUCUUCGCUGCCGAUACGUACACGUAUCGGUGGCCCGCUUUCGUAAAUCCCUUGAAGAGCGCGUUCCCUCACUUGAAGUUCAUCGCUACCUCCAACAUCAACGACCCCGUUCUUACACCAAAACCCCAAGUUUACGACCACCACGUGUACCAAACACCCAGUACGUCUCCCAUCCUCCUUCGCCCGUUUACCAACCAAUCAAACGUGUUAUUCAAAGCCUUCUUUGCCCAAAAUUCAUUCUUCUACGAUGAUAUGGCGCGCGACGGAACACAAUACUUCGAAGGAGAGUACGCUGCCAUCUCCACCAAUCCUAACGACAUCUUUGGUACGCCUGACGAUGGUCGACUUCCCUUCCCUACUAUGCAGGGUUCCACUGGCGAGGCCGCGUACAUGAUUGGCAUGGAGCGCAACAGUGAUAUCGUUUUUGCCGCUGCCUACGCACCACUUUUAGGUCACGUGUCUAACAGCCAAUGGACUCCAAAUCUCGUUGGAUUUGACUCCGGACAAGUUUUCAAGUCCACGAGCUACUACGUUCAACAGCUUUUCAGCCUUAAUAAAGGCACUGAAUAUCUACCGAGUACUUUGCCCUCCAGGAAUGGUACUGUUUUCUGGGGCGUCACUCGCGACCGGACCAACUUGAUCAUCAAGGCGAGCUCAGCCUCUAGCAUUGUCUCCUACCCCUAA